AUGGGAAAAUUACAGUCUACAAUCGGUAUCCCCAUCAAAUUGCUUAAUGAGGCACAGGGACAUGUUGUGACUCUAGAACUCACUUCUGGCCAAGUCUACCGUGGAAAACUCAUUGAAGCCGAGGACAACAUGAACGUUCAACUCAAAGACAUCACAGCCACAGCUCGCGACGGCCGAGUAUCACAUCUCGACCAAGUCUACAUUCGAGGCAGUCAUGUGCGCUUUUUCAUCGUUCCCGACAUGUUGCGAAACGCUCCGAUGUUCCGAUCACGAGGCACAAGAGGUCGCGGUGUUGGUUUGGCUCGAGGUAGGGCUACGGUGAACAGAGCACGGGCUGGCAGACGAGGUUGA